AUGGGCGCUCCCAUCAUUGAACUCAUCGAUCCAGCCGCAUCCGUCAAGACACCAACGAUUCUUAACAACUUCGGCUCAGAAUAUGCAGGCUGUCUUGUAAGCACUGAAAUAGGCACCGCCCUCUUCUAUUUUGUUGUCGCGGCCCCUUUCGACGUGGCCACUUUCGCCAAAAUCAGCAGCAACUCGCUUGUCAAGAAGCUGGACAUAAAACAACAUGACAGCUCUCAAUGCAAAAGCGGCUUGGUCAUGAUUGCUGAUGCUUUGCAUGGCGUGCUGUACACGUAG